ACAUGUUCAGGAAAGUUAUUUCUCGUUCGCUUCUUUGGAGGUUAAAAAAGCUCGAAAGAACUUUGCAAAAACAGUAUGUGCCGUGCAGGUUAUGUUCUUCGGCGUCCAAGCCAGCUGAAGACAAGCCAGACGAAACUUUGGGUAAUUCCUCAAGACCUUCUUCAACAGCAGACUUAGCAGAGCAGAAACAGGAAGAGCUCAUCAAUAGCUUCAGAAAUGUCAUGAGGACAGUUCCAUCCCCAGUUGUUGUAGUAACAGCAGCAAGCUAUGUGGACUCACAAUGCUGUUUAAAACGAGGUGUGACGUGUAGCUCCUUUACCAGUGUGUCUAAGCAACCUCCAAUCAUCUCUUUGUGUAUAACAAGACCAAGUCGAAUGCACUCUCUCUUGAAAGAUACAAGACAUUUUGCUGUGAAUGUCCUCGCUCAAGAUCAGGUGCACUAUGGAGUUCAUUUCUCCAAGCCAGCAAGGGAGGAUGAAGACCAGUUUAACGCCAUCCCCCACAAGCUGGGAUUAUCAGGUGUGCCUAUUAUCGAAGGUGCAGCAGCAGUGCUUCAGUGCCAGGCCCAUGCCACUCAUCUCAUUGGUGACCAUCAUGUAUGGUAUGGUGAGGUGAUAGAUGCUAAGUUAGACCCGGCCACUGAGGGACAACACCCUUUACUGUACUUUGCUAGCUCCUUCAGGUCGAUCGGUGAUGAGGCAUUCAUGAAGGCAUUUGAGGACACAACGUUAUUGUUUGAUGACUGGUCUCACGAAGCUCAUCUUAGAAUGGCGUGGAACUACAUCAGGAGAAACGGCAAAGAGGAGGCUCUUCCUUUAAUCAGAAAUGGUAUCAAAAAGUACAACUCACAGCAUAAAAACAAGGUACAACGAGGCUACCAUGAGACAAUGACCAUGUUCUUUACCCAUGUGGUGGCUGAAGCCAUAAAACAGUGUGAGAAUGUGGACAUCACCUUUGAGGAGUUUAUUUCUCAACACGGUCAUCUGACUGAUCGGAGUCUCAUAUCCAAGUAUUACUCUAAGGAACUCAUCAGCUCACCAACAGCUAGACUCAGGUUUGAGCCUCCUGACCUGCAAGACCUACCGGGAAUGGAGAGAGGACAGUAGAGCGUUGAUCAGAAAAUAGAAAUGUUAGUGUCAUCUGCAAAUUAUUGUUGUUAUCUGCAAACAUAAGCCCUUUUCACUCUGUAUCUCUUAUCCCCAUGGAAUUGAAGCCCGGGGGAGUCCCAUGAGUUUUUCUUACCCCACGGUAACCUUGGUUCACUUUCACACUGUGUCCCUAUUCCACGGAGUUCCAGCUGCACGUUUCAAGAAUACCCCAGGGAUUUACUGCUUACCUCUCCUCCUGGGGCCAAUUUCAUAGAGCUGCUUAAACAAAAAAUUUGCUUAAGCACAAAAAUAGCUCGCUUAU